UGUCCUAAAAAAAUUUACGAGGUAUAUUUAUUAUACCGGUAUCAAAGUGUCAUUCUUUACUCCGGACUGUAUCUUAUACGUGUGGCAUCGUUUGCGUUAAGAAAACAAUUAUUGUUAAAAUACGUUUAACCACAUCAAGUAGGUUUUUCUUUUAAAAGCAAGAUGCGUGGAAUGAUUUAUUCAUGUGUAUUUCUAUUUCUGGUUCAAGCCAUCAGAAUAAAAGCAUCAGAUUGCCAAGAUGAUAAAAGUAUGGACUGUGCAAAACUAGACAAAUUGUUUGAUAUCUGUAAAGACAUACACGAUGCCAAACUCGUAUGUCGUAACUUCUGUAACUUAUGCAGUCUAGUUGAUGGUAAAUGGGCGGAUUGGUCGCACUGGUCAGAAUGUGACGUCACAUGUGGUAAUGGUAAGCACUCGAGAGUCAGGACAUGUACAAAUCCAGCGCCUUCCAACCAAGGUUUAGAAUGCACGGGAAACAAAGUAGACGAUAAGCCUUGUACACGUCCAUCUUGCCCAGUUCAUGGAGGAUGGUCAAGUUGGUCGAAUUGGAGUGCAUGUCCAGUAACAUGUGGAAUAGGAAUGCAAAAACGUCACAGAAAUUGUUCGAACCCAUAUCCUUUGCGUUAUGGUGAUCAUUGUUUCGGAGAUGCACUUGAGUAUAGAAUUUGUGAUCAGGAGCUGUGUGAUGAUGGCGUUUGGGGAAAUUGGGAACAAUGGGGAACUUGUGGUCCAACCUGUGACAGUGGCCUACGUCAAAGGUUCAGGUCUUGUGCAAAGCAGAUUGGAACAAUAUGUGAGGGGCGAUCAAACGACGUUCAUCUCUGCAAUACCACACAUAAUGAUUGCAUAGUACAAACAUGUACGUCCAAGCCGGCAGACACAAAUUUGACAAAUGUUGCUCUUCGAAAAAAUGUUUUGCUAUCUUCAACCCACCCGGAUUUUAAAAGCAGUUGGUUGGUUGACGGUAACCUGGCAACUAUGGCACAUACACUUGGUGGACGAAAUCCGUAUGCAUUGGUUGAUCUUGAAGACGUGUAUAGAAUAUUUUAUAUUCAUAUAGUCAAUCGUAAGGACUGUUGUGCCUUCAGAACUCAUGACGUCGUCAUUCAAGUUGGACUCAAGCCUUCCAGUUUAUUUACUGUUGCUCGUCAUAAGUCGGCAAUAGGUGCUAAGUGCACUUUUAGUUUCGAGCACCAAGUCAGGGGUCGUUACGUGAAAAUCAUGCUGGAAGCCAUGGAUGAUUUAAAUAUCUUAGAGCUUGAAGUGUUUGCGUGACUGAUUUGAUUUGACUUGGCUAGGUUACUUAAGUGAACCGAAAUAAAGAUAAGGAAACUAUCAAUAUUGACCCUCAUAAUAUUGUGAUUAUUUGUUUGUAGAUUUUAUACAUUGACAAUUCAAUUUGUCUGUACGAGUUCAUAGCAUUUCAAGAUACCAUAGUAUAUAUCUAAUAAUAUCGUAGAGUCUUGUGUGAAAGUAUCAUACAAUUGUUACCUUAUUAUGUUUAAUCCGUUUAAUAAACUCAACAGGUACUC